AUGGAAAUGGAGGCCGUCGAGCGUCUCCUCGAGUGGGCUACUGCGGAGGGUGUCAUCCUCGACGGCAUCAAGCCCCAGCAUCUCCCGGGACGCGGAAUAGGCAUCGUCGCAACCCGCAGGCUCCGGGCGGACGAGAGAAUCCUGACGGUGCCGACGACGCUGUUGCGCUCGUUGGAGACGACGCCGCUGCACAUCUUCGCGGCCCUCACCAACGCCUCGGUGCAUGCCAUCCUCGCCGCCUCCAUGUGCCUCGAGACCUCGGCCGAGUUCGACAUAUGGUGCGCCGUCCUGCCGUCGCGCGAGGAGUUCGCCGCCAACCUGCCCAUCUGCUGGCCCCCGUCGCUCCAGGCCCUGCUGCCCUCGGCCGCCCAGGCCAUCCUCGCCCAGCAGCGGGCCAAGUCGGACCGCGACUGGUCCGCCGUCAGCGCCGCCUUCCCCGACAUCGAGCGCGACGACUUCCUCUACGCCUGGAACAUUGUCAACAGCCGAACCUUUUACCACACGACGCCCGAGACCAAGGGCCUGCCCCGCGACGACCACAUGGUCCUGCAGCCCGUCGCCGACCUCUUCAACCACGGCGCCGACGGCUGCCUCGUCUCCUUUGACGACGAAGAGUACGUCUUCACCACCUCGCAGGAGCACGAGGCCGGCGACGAGCUCUUCAUCCGCUACGGCGCCCACUCCAACGACUUUCUCCUCGUCGAGUACGGCUUCGCCCUCGCGGCCAACCAAUGGGACGAGGCCCGGCUCGACGAGUACGUCUGCCCGCUCCUCUCCGAGAGCCAGAAGCAGGCGCUCGAGGACCGCGACUACUGGGGCAAGUACACGCUCGAUGCCGAAUCUGUCUGCUACCGCACCAUGACGGCCCUGCGCCUCCUCUGCCUCGACCGCAAGAGGUGGCUCGCCGUCCUGGCCGGCACGCGCGACGAGGACCUCGACAAGGACGUCGUCGACGCCAAGCUUCUCGACGUCCUGAACAAUUUCGAGGCAAACAUUGCGCGGCACAUCGCCAUGGUCGACGCCGCCACCGACGGCACCCAGGACAUGAGGGACAUUCUCCGCGCGCGCUGGGUUCAGAUGAAGGACAUGGUCGUCACCGCAGCCUCGAGCCUGCACGUUUAA